ACCUUACGACAAAUAUACUUCGACUCUUAUGGUUCAGUAAACAGUUGGCUCUUACCUCUCGAUGGUUAGACAAGUUUUAUUUGCUGAUUUCUACGAAUAUCUUUUCCUAAUCUAAGGAUUUUAUAGUUUAAAUAACACCAUAUAAAAUUAGUCUGUGAUUCAAAGAACUUAAGAAAAUUCUGACUAACUGUGUCAUCAACUAGAUUUAUUUGUUGAUUUUAAAUUAGUGUUUUUCAUAUCUCAAAAGAGUUUUCCAUUGAGGCGUGUGACUAUAAAAUAGCAAACUAUUCAGACACUGCGAUACUUUCACUUCAGUGCUCAUUCCAUUCUCUUCAAGUCUCUAUAAGCAACUAGUAUAACCAAUAGUGCGGUGUUGAGAGCAGAAAAAUCUUUAUGAAGGUCAUACACUCUAUAAGGAAUAUUUUUUUGUGAAUUUUCAAUUUAUAAAGUUAUUUUUGCAAGUGCUAACGAAUUUUUCCAUUAUUGCUAAAGUUGAUCUUUGUUAGUAGUUUCAAAAGCUCUUUAGAACUAUCUAACGUAUGUAUGUCAGAUAGCUCAAGUGAUCUAGACUACGUCAUAAAGAGAUUAAAAACCAAUAUAAAUCAUAUUAAUGCAUACCCCUUGACUGAUAAAGAUACACCGAAACCAAAUAAGUGAUUUGUAAAAACUGAAGUGCUUUGUUUAAAAUAUGAUAUAUAAUUAAAAAAAAUUGAUCAGAAAAAUCUUUAAAUUAACCCACCAACCCUUUUCCUAAAAAUCAAAAUGAAGAACCGAGACAUCCAAAAUACGGAAGAUCAGCAAGAUACAAAAACCACUUCUGAAAACCAUGGAUUAUUUAAAUUUGCCCUAGGCGUUCGGCACUAUCAAUCAGGCUUGCUUUUCCUCCUUCUUCUUGUUGGAUAUGCUCUCCGUGUUAAUAUGUCCGUGGGUAUCGUGGCAAUGGUCGACAAUACCAGCGCGAAUCCCGAUUUUGAGGAGUACGAUUGGAAUGAACAGAAACAAUCACUAAUACUAUCGAGCUUUUUUUGGGGCUAUGUUCUUAUUCAACUACCAGCUGGAACGUGGGCACGAAAAUUUGGCGCCAAAAUUCUACUAACCGUCAGUAUGGGAGUUUGCUCCGUGUUAACUCUACUUACUCCAGUUGCAGCUAAUUUAGGCGGAUGGGUUGCUGUAGUGACUCUGCGGAUAUUGUUGGGAGUCAGUCAAGGGUUCAUCUUCCCCUGUGUUCAUACCCUUCUGGCUACGUGGGUUCCCCCAUCGGAAAGAUCAAGAUUAGGUACAUUCGUCUACGCUGGUUCUCCACUCGGUAACGUUCUCAUGCUGGCCAUUUCUGGACUUCUGGCAUCUUCGUCCCUCGGCUGGCCAAGUAUUUUCUACGCAUCUGGAAUCAUCGGUGUUAUCUGGACAGCUCUAUUUUUCACAUUUGGAAGCAAUUCACCGGAAGUAGACGUUAGAAUUACCCCCACAGAGCGGGAAUUUAUACAAGAAUCACUUGGUCAAGAGACUGAUACGGAGGAGAUAAAGAAGUUAACGACUCCAUGGCGGAGGAUUUUUACAUCACUACCAUUCAUUUCCCUUAUCGUGGCACAUAGUGCUCAAAAUUGGGGUUUCUGGACGCUAUUAACUGAGAUUCCGACAUACAUGAAGAAUGUACUUGAGAUGGACAUUAAGAAAAAUGCUCUCUUAUCUGCCCUGCCCUAUUUAGUAAUGUGGUUGGGCAGUUUUGUUAUGAGUCCCAUUUCCGACUACCUCAUCAAUCGGGGCUAUUUGUCUGUUGGUAAUACGAGGAAGCUCUUCAAUUCGAUUGGACUCUACAUUCCUAUGUUUGCUCUCAUUGGUCUUGGCUAUGUUACCAAGGAUCACACGGAAAUUGCUGUAUUCUUGCUGACAUUUGGCGUAGGAAUCAACAGUGGAACCUACGUUGGAUUUAUGCUCAAUCACAUGGAUUUGUCUCCGGUUUAUGCUGGAACAUUAAUGGGCAUUACGAAUUUCUCAGCCAACAUUAUGUCCAUUCUGGGUCCACUCUUCGUGGGACUGAUAGUGUCCGAUGCUACAAAUCCAGUUGAAUGGAGAGCUGUGUUCUUCGUUGCUGCUGCAAUUUACUUCGUCGGAAAUACGUUCUUCGUCAUUUUCGGAAGUGGAGAAAUUCAGCCAUGGAACAAUUCUUCGAAAAGAGAUGGUGAUGAGUUAGAAUCCCAUGACGCUGGCAAGUCAACCGAAACUGUGACAACGAUUAUUAAGUAAAUAGUUUUUUUUAUAUACAAAUGUAACGUAUUGUAUUCAAAAGUACCAUAUUAAACUUGUAUUAGAAAAAAACUGUGUCUAUAGUGGUGGAAUACAUGCUGUAAGGUUGAAUGGGGCAAAAACGGGCAACAAAGUUUUUUAAUACCGGUGUUCGAUUAAAGUUCUAACUUAUUUAAAAAAAAAAAACUUUUUUAACUCUUAAGUUUUGCAUUCUUGUUCCUUUUAGCAAUUUAUUUUAUAACUUUAUGGUGUCUACACAUUAAAAGCAAUUUUCGUCAAAAAUUGUCUUUUUAAAAAAUUCUGACGUUUCUGCCUAGAGGAAAUUUUCUUUAAAAGGGCAUUAUUUAAAUAAAUUUCUCAUAGUGUGUAGAGGCCAUUAGUGAUAAUAUCUUUUUCUGUUAAACAUUAAAAAAAAAUUAUAUGACAUUGCAGAGACUUCGACUUGCUUUAUCAUUUUCAUGAUUUAAGAAAUAAUGCUUCCUUUUUCACAUUUUUGGCCAAUUAAAUCAUUUAAUGAGCACUUUUUCUCUCAAAUUUGCAUUCCUUUUCUAGUAAAGAAACGUCAUAAUUUUUUAUGCAAAAACCGUCAAUAAAUUUAUCUUUUGGUACGAUAAAUUUAAAAUAAAUGUACAUACAUAUGUAAGUAAUUAUUUUCAUACAGGGAGCAAGAGAAAAAUUGUCGGUUUGUUUUUAAUUAAAAAAUGUUAUUUUUUUUUAGUUUUUUUUUAAUAUUAAUUAUUAUGAGAUUGUAAAAAAAAACUUGUCUGAGUUAUGGUGAUAUUCCAAUAAAAAUGAGAAAAAUGGAAAUAUA